AUGCUUCGGUCCGUUACUCGUUUCUCGCGCGGCCUUGCCGGCAUCAAUUCAUCGUCCCCUUGCCGUCGAGCCUUCACAUACGCGGCCAAGCAUACAAUCUUUCCUGCGACCUUAUAUCGUACCGAUAUGCAGUUCGAGCGCAUAUCAGAGCUUUAUGACCUAUCCAUGCAGAUCGAUGGCUGGGCAGACCGCGAAGGAGUGGAAAUCUCCAAGGACGGCCUAGUACAUCCAAACAUCUGUCAACGUGUAUCAAAUGGGGCACAGCUGACGCCCAAUAUACACUUAAUGCACGAGAUGACAGGUAAUGCAGUCGACUACUAUAUCUACGCGUUGGAGAAUGGUCACCCUCCGGCCGCCGAUCCUCAUUUCGUUUGUAUCCCCAAAGGGACUGUUAUCCCGAAGCACUUGACGCUGUUCCAUGAGAAAGCAUGGCAAUUCUCCCUACAGCCUACAUAUCCCAUGUCGAUAGACGGCGAACGGAUAGAAUUGAACAAGGCCAUUGCUCGGUUCUAUUACACAUCUGGCCGCAUCUAUCCUCUCAAACUGGAAGGAGAGGAUUUCAUGUCUACGCCUUGGGGACCGGCGGUUUGGCAAGCAAAAUGUGAAGAUGAAGAUGAGGAGGGAUGGAUGAAGCAAUGA